AUGAAUGCUCUUGCAGCCACAAACCGUAACUUUCGACGUGCAGCACGCAUUCUUGGCUUGGACACUAAGCUUGAGAAUAGCCUUCUAAUUCCCUUCAGGGAAAUCAAGGUUGAAUGUACGAUCCCAAAAGAUGAUGGAACGUUGGCUUCCUAUAUUGGUUUUAGGAUCCAACAUGACAAUGCGCGUGGACCUAUGAAAGGAGGAAUUCGUUACCACCCAGAGGUUGACCCUGAUGAAGUGAAUGCUCUAGCUCAGCUAAUGACAUGGAAGACAGCAGUAGCAGACAUUCCUUAUGGAGGGGCAAAGGGUGGCAUUGGGUGCAAUCCAAGGGACCUUAGCAUAAGCGAGUUAGAACGUCUCACUCGUGUCUUCACCCAAAAGAUCCAUGAUCUCAUUGGCAUUCAGAGGGAUGUUCCUGCUCCUGAUAUGGGAACUAAUGCACAAACAAUGGCUUGGAUUCUUGAUGAGUAUUCAAAGUUUCAUGGGCAUUCACCAGCUGUUGUGACUGGGAAGCCUAUUGAUCUUGGAGGUUCAUUGGGAAGAGAGGCUGCCACAGGACUUGGAGUGAUUUUUGCCACAGAGGCUUUGUUUGCUGAAUACGGGAAGUCAAUUUCUGAUAUGACAUUUGUUAUCCAGGGGUUUGGAAACGUGGGUUCAUGGGCUGCAAAGUCAAUUCAUGAGAGAGGGGGUAAGGUGGUUGCUGUGAGUGACAUCAGUGGUGCCAUUAGAAACCCAAAUGGAAUUGAUAUCACCGCUCUUCUGAAACACAAGGAAGGCAAUGCAAGUUUGAUGGACUUUGCAGGAGCAGAUUCAAUGGAUCCACAUGAAUUGCUUGUGCAUGAAUGUGAUGUGCUCAUCCCAUGUGCCUUGGGAGGAGUUCUCAACAAGGAAAAUGCUGGUGAUGUGAAAGCGAAAUUUAUAAUAGAAGCUGCAAAUCAUCCAACUGACCCAGAUGCUGAUGAGAUAUUGACUAAGAAAGGAGUCAUUAUAUUACCUGAUAUAUAUGCUAAUGCCGGUGGAGUGACUGUAAGCUACUUUGAGUGGGUUCAGAAUAUUCAGGGAUUUAUGUGGGACGAAGAGAAAGUGAACUAUGAGCUUAAAAAGUAUAUGACUAAAGCUUUCCUGAACAUAAAGGCAAUGUGUCAAAUUCAUAACUGUGACUUGAGAAUGGGAGCCUUCACUCUAGGAGUCAACCGCGUUGCUCGUGCUACUCUUUUGAGGGGUUGGGAAGCUUAA